AUGGUGAACAUCCCAGAAUACUAUGCAGGAAAAAAUGUGCUGAUCACCGGGGCAACAGGAUUCAUGGGCAAGGUGCUGCUGGAGAAGCUGCUGAGAUCAUGCCCAGGAGUCAAAGAUGUCUAUGUGAUGGUUCGGUCCAAGGCUGGACAAAGCCCUCAGGCCCGCAUUGUUGACAUGAUCAGCUGCAAGUUGUUUGAAAGACUCCAGGAUGAGCAGCCAGGCUUUGCACAGAAGAUCAUCGCCGUAAACAGUGACCUCACACAACCAGAGCUGGAUCUGAGUAAAGAGGACCAGACCACCCUGGCUGAAAACAUUCACAUCGUCUUCCACUGCGCUGCCACCAUCCGCUUUAAUGAACCACUCAAAGAUGCGAUGCAGCUGAACGUCCUGGCCACUCAGAAGAUGCUAGCGCUAGCUCGCAGAAUGAAGCAGCUGGAGAUCUUCAUUCAUGUGUCCACAGCCUACGCCAACUGCAACCGCGAACUCAUCGAGGAAGUCAUCUACCCGCCACCUGUAGACUACCGCAAACUCAUCGAUACUCUGGAUUGGAUGGAUGACGAUUUGGUGUCAGCCCUGACGCCUAAGCUGAUUGGAGAGCGUCCCAACACCUACACCUACACCAAAGCCUUAGCUGAGUACCUGGUUCAGCAGGAAGCCGGAGACCUGAAUGUAGCCAUCGUCAGACCUUCUAUAGUCGGAGCCAGCUGGAAGGAACCCUUCCCAGGUUGGAUUGAUAACUUCAACGGACCAAGUGGAAUAUUCAUUGCAGCUGGUAAGGGGAUCCUGCGUACGAUGAGGGCGUCUAAUGAUGCCGUGGCCGACCUGGUGCCCGUGGACGUGGUCAUCAACGCCACCCUGUCUGCAGCCUGGUACUCUGGAUCCCAGAGGUUCAGCAGGCCGAAACACAUCUUGGUCUACAACUGCACAACCGGUGGCAUCAACCCGUUCCACUGGGGGGAAGUCGAGUACCAUGUAAUAUCCACAUUCAAGAGGAACCCCCUUGAGCAGGCCUUCCGUCGGCCCAAUGUUAAUCUCACAUCCAAUCACCUAAUCAAUCAGUACUGGAUCGCUGUGAGCCACAAAGCUCCGGCCUUCCUCUAUGAUCUGUACCUCAGGCUGAUUGGACGAGAGCCCAGGAUGAUGAAGACAAUCACUCGUCUGCACAAAGCCAUGAUGGUCCUGGAGUACUUCACCAGCCACUCGUGGGUGUGGAACACUGACAACGUGGCCAUGCUGUUGGCCCAGAUGAGCCCAGAGGACAAGAAGGCGUUUAAUUUUGAUGUGCGCCAGCUGCACUGGGCUGAAUACAUGGAAAGUUACUGUAUGGGUACAAAAAAAUAUGUCCUGAACGAAGAGCUGUCCGGUCUACCCGCUGCACGCAAACACCUCAACAAGCUGAGGAACAUCCGCUACACGUUCAACACCAUCCUGGUCGUGUUUAUCUGGCGCAUUUUCAUCGCACGUUCCCAGAUGGCCAGAAACAUCUGGUACUUUGUGGUGAGCCUGUGCUUCAAAUUCCUCUCCUACUUCAGAGCUUCCUCCACCAUGAGAUAAUGAGUCGGGGGGUGAGGGGGGUCGAACGGGGCGGCGAGUCGGAGGGACGAGGAAAUGAAGGAAGGAUCCUGGCAGCGGACGAUGAGAGGUGACUGAGCUUCAAGGCCUGUCGUUAAAUGCUAUCAAUGGUAUCGGGACCCUCUGAACACACUGUAAACGCAGGCAGAGCUACUGAGCCAGUUGGAAAUGUCACAUCUCGGAUUUCCCCCGGCCUGAUCACUAGCAUUUCACACAUUUUCAGAGGACGAGGAUUUAUCACAACCCUCUGGGGACUAGCGGCAGUCGGACUAGUUCAAGAACCAGGACGAUGUGUCCUCAUUCUGUUCAUCUCCAGUCACUCUGAACCCCCCCGGUGGUGCCAGAUCUUCCCCCACAGAGAGAGCUCCAUAACCCGCUCCAUGUCAUCAGGCCACCUGCAAGUAGAGCUAUGCACCACUGAACUGGUUUAGAAACUAUUAAACUGGUUUACAGUCAGUCCAGGCUUUGCUCUGUUAGGUCUGUAUAUGUAUUCUUUCACUUUCUCCAACUGCUGUGUAAGAUAUUCCUCUGUCGCCCAAAAACUAGAAAACAUUAUGUAAAA